AUGGUGACACCCCCAUCGGACCACGUGACCAAGGGUUUAGAAGGGAUGGCGCUGGAGGAUGAGCUGCAGCGGGCAGGUGCAGCUCUCUGGUCCUGGCUCAGCAUCACCUCAGGUCAGCGCCAGGACCUGGAGCAGCUCCGGGGGCAGCGGCAGCGGCUGCAGCGGCUCCUGCGGGCACGGGAGAGGGAGCUGGAGGAAACCCAACGGGAGAUCGAGGAGGUUCUGGAGCAGGAGGCGGCUGCAGAGAACAACAGGUCUCAGGCUCAGUCUCUCCAGUCCCGGCUCCAGAUCCGGCUCCAUCAGCUCCAGGCUCAGGCUCAGGCUGAGGCUCAGGACAGGGGCAGGAGGCGGCAGCAGCAACGGGACCUGAGCCGCUUCCUGCGGGCCAAGGAGCGGAGCCGGAGACCCCCUGCACGACCCUGGGUCCCCCCUGAAGCCCCCCCCGAUGUGCUGGAGCCCCCCGAGGAGGAGCUGGAGGAGGAAGAGGAGGGGGGGGCCGAGACCUUCUCCCUGUUCCUGUUGGUGACUGAGCAGCAUCAGCAGCUCCAGCGGCUGCAGCAGCGUCUCCUGCAGCUCCAGGCCGCAGUGGCCGCAGCAGAAGCAGCCCCCGGGGGGGGUCUCUCCCCACCCCCCCCCGCACUGGAGGUGCUGGAACAGGAGCAACUGGAGCUGCAGGAUCAGGCCCAGGGUGUGCGGGAGCAGCUGCGGGAGCUCAGCAGGGGCCUUGGGGAGCUGCUGUCCCUGGUGACCCUUGACCCCGCCUGUGACCCCGGCUUUGACCCCGACCUUGACCCCGCCCCCCUGCAGGCCCAGCUCCGGCGCCUGGAGGAGGGGGUCACGAGACUGAUGCUGGAGAGGGGGGGGCCCCCCACACAGCCAAUGGCGCUGCCGGAGGGGGAGCGCGCGGCACGGCCGCUGUUCUGCCGGCGGGGGGCGCUGCGGCACAAGGUGGUGCACGAGGUCAAGAGCCACAGGUUCACGGCCAGGUUCUUCAAACAGCCAACGUUCUGCAGCCAUUGUACCGACUUCAUAUGGGGCAUCGGGAAGCAGGGACUGCAGUGCAUGGUGUGCAGCUUCGUGGUACACAAGCGCUGCCAUGAGUUCGUCACCUUCGAGUGCCCUGGGGCCGGGAAGGGGCCACAGACGGACGACCCCCGGAACAAGCAUCGCUUCCGGCUGCACAGCUACAGCAGCCCCACAUUCUGUGACCACUGCGGCUCCCUGCUCUAUGGGCUGGUGCACCAGGGCAUGAAGUGCUCCUGCUGCGAGAUGAACGUGCACAAGCGCUGCGUGCAGAGCGUCCCCAGCCUGUGUGGUGUGGAUCACACCGAGCGCCGCGGCCGCCUCCAGAUCCGUAUCCAGGCACUGCCGGGGGAGCAGCUGCACGUCACCGUGGGGGAGGCGCGGAACCUGAUCCCCAUGGAUCCCAAUGGGCUCUCGGAUCCAUACGUGAAGCUGAAGCUGAUCCCAGACCCCAAGAACCUCUCCAAGCAGAAGACCAGGACAGUGAAGGCCACACUCAACCCAGUCUGGAACGAGGCCUUCCUCUUCACCCUGCGCCCCGGUGACGCCGAGCGCCGCCUCUCGGUGGAGGUGUGGGACUGGGACCGCACCUCCCGCAAUGACUUCAUGGGCGCCAUGAGCUUCGGGGUGGCCGAGCUGCUCAAGAGCCACGUGGACGGGUGGUUCAAGCUGCUGAACCAGGAGGAGGGUGAAUACUACAACGUCCCCGUGGCCGACACCGAUGACUGCGGCCUCCGGCCCAAGUUUGAGGCCUGUAACUACCCAUUGGAACUCUACGAGAAGGUGCGUCGGGGGCCGGGGCCGUCUCCGUCGCCCUCCCCCUCCCCCAGCCCCACGGAUCCCAAACGAGGCUUCUUCAGCUCCGGCCGCUCCAGGCUUGGGGACUUCACCUUCCUGAUGGUGCUGGGCAAGGGCAGCUUCGGAAAGGUGAUGCUGGCCGAGCGCCGCGGCACCAACGAGCUCUUUGCCAUCAAGAUCCUCAAGAAGGACGUUGUGGUGCAGGAUGAUGAUGCCGCCUGCACCAUGGUGGAGAGGAGGGUGCUGGCGCUGGGGCCCAGGCCUCACUUCCUAACGCACCUGCACUCCACCUUCCAGACCGCCGACCGCCUCUAUUUCGUCAUGGAAUACGUCACAGGAGGAGACCUCAUGUAUCACAUCCAGCAGGUCGGCAAGUUCAAAGAGCCCCAUGCCACGUUCUACGCAGCCGAGAUCGCCAUUGGCCUCUUCUUCCUGCACAACCAAGGCAUCAUCUACAGGGACCUGAAGCUGGAUAACGUGAUGCUGGACGCGCAGGGUCACGUGAAGAUCACAGACUUCGGCAUGUGCAAGGAGCACAUGUUCCCUGGAGCCACCACCGGCACCUUCUGCGGCACCCCCGACUACAUCGCACCCGAGAUCAUUGCCUACCAGCCCUAUGGCAAGUCCGUGGACUGGUGGUCCUUUGGGGUGCUGCUCUACGAGAUGCUGGCAGGGCAGCCCCCCUUCGAUGGGGAGGAUGAGGACGAGCUCUUCCAGUCCAUCAUGGAGCAGACAGUGACCUACCCCAAGUCCCUGUCCCGCGAGGCCGUGGCCAUCUGCAAGGGGUUCCUGACCAAGCACCCCGGGAAGCGGUUGGGGGCGGGGCCGGGGGGGGAGCAGGACAUCCGCUCCCAUCCCUUCUUCCGGCGCACGGACUGGGAGCGACUGGAGCGACUGGAGCUGCCCCCCCCCUUCACCCCACAGCCGUGCGGCCGCAAUGGGGAGAACUUUGACAAGUUCUUCACUCGCGCCCCCCCCGCGCUCACCCCCCCGGACCAGCUGGUCCUGGCCGGGCUGGACCAAGGCGACUUCGAGGGGUUCACCUACACCAACCCCGACUUCGUGCACCCCGACCUGCGCCUGCCGGCCCCCCCCGGCUCCCUGGUCUGA